AGGCAGAUUAAUGCCGCAAACUAUAAAAAUGCAAAUUAAACUACAUGUUAUCAUAUGUCUUGUUAGCGCAGUCGGUAGAGGGACCGUGUCAGUAAUAUGUUAUAACCGUACAGGCAGAAGUUCGACUCCUGGUAAGCAGAUAAGACACUUUUUAUUUUUCUUAGAACAGUAAAAUGUUCAGAAAACAGGUUUGACCGGUUUUUUCAUAUACAUACAUGAAUAUGAGAUCGAAUAUUUUAUUACACAAGUUGAUUAACAAUUGCGUAAAGUUUAGAAAAAAUGUCAGAAAUGUCUAGAGAAAGUAAAAAGAAAACUGACGACAUUAUUAGAAAUGUUUUAAAGGUUGAAAGAAAUAAAUAAUAUUGCAUAUUGAACUAUUUAAAAAAAAUUGUCAUAUAGUUUUUCGUUUACGUUUCUUUUCCUUUAUUCUUUUACAUAUAUUUUUUUUUAUUUUGUAUUUCAUCUAAUAUAUUUCAAUUCUUUUAACAGGUAUGCAAAGAAGAGAAGAAGGCAGGUACUUUGCAAAUUCCUAUUGUACAGGCAACAGCAAGAGCAGCACAUUACACAGGUGUCAGCAUUUCAAGAUGCAAAAGAAUAGGAAGGUGGGUCAAAGUUAAGAGCAGUCGUAAGUCGAGAAAGGAUCGUUAUCAUACAGAUGACUUUGACAGAGACGUUAUCCGCAGAACUGUGCACUCAAUGAUGGCAACGGGACGUGCUCCGACUGCUAAAGCUAUCUUGCGGGCGGUAAAAGAGAAAAUUGACUUUCCUGGAAAAGUUGAUUACAUUCAGAGGAUUUUGAAAGAAAUUGGCUUUGUUUGGAAGAAAUGUGAGUCAAAUCGAUCCGUUUUAAUGGAAAGAUGGGAUGUUGUUGUGGCGAGAAUCAAUUUUUUGCGGAAAAUGAAAGAAUACAGGGAUUCUGGUCGACACAUCAUAUACACUGACGAGACAUUUGUGCACUCAUCACACUGUGUAAAGAAAUGCUGGCAGUCCAAUGAUGUUAGCAUGAAAGUUCCAUUCAGCAGAGGUGAAUGAUUGAUUGUUGUUCAUGCUGGUUCUGCCCAAGGGUUUGUUAAAGGAGCCUGUCUACAGUUUAAAGCAAAAUCAUCAACUGGGGAUUAUCAUUCAGAAAUGAAUGGUAAAAAUUUUAACAAAUGGCUGAAUGAGAUGCUGAUUCCAAACCUACCACCAUCAUCUGUAGUUGUUGUAGAUAACGCUCCUUACCACAAUCUGCAGGAAGAUAAGUGUCCAACACAAAGCACAAGGAAAGCUGAAAUACAAGAUUGGCUUCAAAGACACAACAUUGCUUUUAACCAGAAAAUGUUAAAAGCAGAAUUGCUUGAUAUGUGUAAGAGGAACAAACCCGAGCCAGUUUACAUACUUGACUCAACUUUGGAGAGACACGGGCAUACUUGUAUUCGUCUACCCCAAUACCACGCAGAGUUAAACGCAAUUGAGCUAAUAUGGGCAUUAGUUAAAGGAAAGGUUUCCUCAGAAAAUGUGACUUUUAAGAUGACAGAUGUCUUGAAGCUGACACAAAAUGCUAUUGAUAAUAUAACCACCGAAGAAUGGAAAUCAUGUUGCAGACAUGUUGAACAGGUGGAAGCGCGUUUUUGGAGAAGCGAUAUAGCUUUAGAAGAAGCGAUUGAACGUAUAAUCAUACACGUGAGUGACGAUGAAGAAACCGACACUGCUUCAGAAGUGGGCGAAAUUUGUUCUGAAGAGGAAAGUACAGACACAGCAUCUGAAACUGAUACAAUUAUGUAAUAUGUAUAUAAUGAAAAUCUAUGUAUUAUCACAUGCAUUGUUUAAUAAAAGAUAAAGUUUACAAAAAAGAAAAUAGAAUAGAAAUAAAAAAAUAAAUGUAUACUGUAAAAUAUAUUAUCAUAAAAAGAAAACAAAAAGGAAAAUGAAGAAAAAAAUGAUAAUAAAAAAACAAAUCAAGAAAAAAACUGUGGUUUUAAAAUUGCACUAUUGGAGGCUCGAACCUAUGAGUACAAAACACUAAAAGUUAAAUUUACUUCGAUUUACCAGCAGAGCCAUAACGGUAAUACACAAACGAUACUAUAAGAAUAAUGCUAUAUAGUAUAUGUAAGUGUUUACUUUUACAAUAUCGGAUAAUAAUCUAGAUAACCCUGUUUUUGGACUAUCCCAUGUACCGUUAAGACCAA